AUGCAUAUUACACGAUUUUCUUUUCGAAAUUUGAAUGUCAGACAUUGGAAUCGUAAAUUAUGGGAAGUUGGAUAUCGAGGUCCAGUUCUUCCACAACAAAAAGCGUGAGUUUUUUUUGGUUAAAAAAAACUUGAUUUUCAAUAAUUAGAAUGAUUUUUGUCUUAUCUACGAAGUAAAAGCGGAGGAAUUUAAAUUUCCAACAUCUAUUUCACAAAAACAACUUUUAAUUUCAGAACUGGUCGCCCGGAUUAUCCAAUAUCUCCAGACCGUGUGAAUACUCUUCGAGAAAGAUUGGCUAGAGAAAAUGUUGUGAUGAACCUUCUAACAAAACCAUACACAACACAAGAUGCUGAAGUCACAUUUCUCGCAACAAAAGGAGUCAAUUCUUUGGAGGAAUUGAGAAAUGUCGAGUUUGCUGAAAAUGAAGCGAGAAGAAUGCCAGGAAAGGAAAAACGAACGGACGGUUCAAAAGCCGUGAUUCGUCGUCGUGGAAACAUCGGAAAUCUUCUUCACACUCAUUCAACUGUCGAAGAUUCAUUAGCAGCUCUUGCAAAUCGAAAACGAUGGGAUUAG